GUUGUUAAAAAAAAAAAUUAUUUAUCUAAGAAGCAAAUAGUUUUACAUUUCUAGUGGUAUAGAACAUUUCCUAGUGGUUCAAUGCUGUAAAGAGUUUAAGGCCAAGGUUCCUAUCAACAUUUUUAAAAAAGCUGAUUACAUCCAAGAUGGUUGCUACCUGCAGAAUCUACAAAAAAAGUUGCCCCAAUGGAAAAGUUACAUUAUAUCUAUCCAAAAGGGAAUACGUUGAUCACAUAACUUUUGUAGAUCCAAUAGAUGGUAUUAUUCUAUUGGAUGAUGAAUACUUAAAACAUCGCCAUGUCUAUGCUCACGUGAUUGCUACUUUCCGUUACGGCCGAGAGGAUGACGAAGUAAUGGGUUUAAAGUUUGUAAAAGAACUUUAUUUGGCCUCCGAACAAAUCUAUCCUCAACCAAUGCAAGAGGAACCCACUACCAAGACUAAUUCAAAGAUGCAAGAUCGGCUUUUAGAAAAACUUGGUCCAAAUGCCUAUCCUUUUACACUCAAGCUGCCCGAGAACGCUCCUCAUUCUGUAAUGUUACAACCUGGAGCUGAAGAACAAGGACAACCAUGUGGUGUAUACUACGAGGUUAGAAUCACAGUAGGAAAUACUCAACAUGACAAAGGGCAUAAGAGGAAUUCAGUAUCGAUGGCCAUUCGUAAGGUACAGAGAGCUCAGCUGAUAGGUAACCGUCAACCAUGCUCUGUCAUCAAGAAGGAUUUUCUACUAAGCCCAGGACAUCUGGAAUUAGAAGUCACCUUGGAUCGUCAAGUGUUCGCUCACGGAGAGCCUGUCAAUGUGAAUAUCGCAGUCAGGAAUUAUUCCAAUAAAACUGUCAAAAGGAUCAAAGUCUAUGGAAUUCAAAAUGCUGAUAUUUGCAUGUUUGCGAGCGGACAUUGUAGAACAAUAGUAACUUCUAUGGAUACCGAAUCCGGAUGCCCAAUUGGACCAGGAGGCACUCUCCAUAAAGUCGUAGAACUUUAUCCCACAGUUGUUGACUCUCAGAAAACUAGGGGUCUAGCCCUCGAUGCUCCUGUUGGAGAUGAAGCAGUUUUUAUGGCAGCUUCAACUAUACUUCCUGAAGACCAGGAGAAAGAUCCUUUUGGCAUUAUUGUAUCGUACUCAAUAAAGGUUAAACUUAUCUUAGGAGCUUUAGGAGGGGAGGUUGUAGCUGAAUUACCUUUCGUUUUAAUGAGUACUGGAACAAAGAAAAUAGCUGCGGAUCAUCCGUCUUUAGUGGCUAACAGAGAGCUAUCAGUUGAAAGUACAACACCUCAAAACAAAAAGGAAGCUUAGUGAGUCUCAAACUCAGAAGAAUGGGAUACAUUAGUAAAAAAACUAUUUAAAACUUGUCAUGCAAAUUUAUUGUGUACUUAAUAUUAUCCAUCAGAGAAAGGCAGAAAUGUUUAUUCAUGGAUGUAUUAAUUAUAAUAUUAAUUAUUUAUAUUUAAAUUUAUAGAUUCAAUUUUUAUUUCUGAAAAUGUUAUUUUGAUCUAAGUAUAAUUAAUUGUACAUCUUUAUGAACAAUAAAGAAUACCUAUUUUGAGAA